AUGCUGUUCAGCAUUGCUGAUGACUCAGCCACCUUGCUUCUACCACUACUAUGUCUUCUUUUCGCCGGUCUUCUGACCUCUGUCCAUUCACUUCAUGUUUCAAUCCUCAAGCAGAAGGCAUGUCCCCAAUAUGCAAAUUGGGCGAGACAGAGUGAUGGAAAAGAGCUAUCUGAAGGGCGAUACCAAUUGCCCUUCCAGAGGCCCUCAGAUGAGUGCCGUACCUUCUAUUCGCAGGAAGUCGAGGAUGCAAUUGAACGUUUAAGACCUAAGAUUGCCGACCCAGACCUGUUUCGCCUUUUCGAGAAUGCAUUUCCGAAUACACUCGACACUGCUGUCAAGUGGAAGGGCUUUGCAUGGAAAGACGAGCAGGAAGGCGACUCAGCGAACCAGAUCCUCUCCUACCUACCAGUCCUCCAAGCAUCUGAGGAUCCCAACUCCUUGGCCGCGCUGUUUCGCGGCGUGAUCAACGUACAGUCUCGUUACAUCAAAAUCACCCCUCACUGCCAUGCCUUCCAACCACCACCAGAGUCGGGCAUCAAUGUUGAAUUUAAUGGUGCAUAUACAAUGAAUACUGUGCGUAUGUUUGGGAAGCUGGGAUAUGAUCAGAAAAAGACAAUUUCGUCUGAUUACUACAAUGCGACUGGGGAUAUCGGGCCAUUCGAGAAGUAUCUGUGGAUGGACACAGUUGAGGUAAUCCUGGCAGCUGCAGAAGCUAUGCGAACCGCGACGUACACACCAGAUGGGCACAUCGCACCCAGCGGGUACACCAUGAAAGGCAAGACGGAUAGAGCUACAGAGACGACUUCAAACGAUGGCAUAGGUAACCCUGUCAUCUACACCGGUAUGGUGCGCUCGACCUUUCGCCCCUCAGAUGACGCAACCAUCUUCCAAUACCUAAUACCCUCCAAUAUGAUGUUCGCACGGUACCUCGAAGAGGCUGGUCUCAUAAUGCAAAGAAUGGAUACGCAGAGAAGUAGAGAUCUAGAAUCGAGAAUGCAGAGCAUGGCCUCGGAGAUACGCGCUGGAAUCACGAAAUACGGCGUAGUGUCACAUCCACUCUUUGGUGCUAUGUUUGCUUUCGAGGUCGAUGGUUAUGGUAGCCAGAAUGCUAUGGACGAUGCCAACCUGCCAAGUCUGCUUCCAGCAUCCAUGAUGGGCUACGUUAGCCCGCGCGACGAAGUCUACAUGAACACAAGGCUGUUCGCCCUUAGUGAGGCCAACCCAUACUGGGCGUUUGGCAAUGUCUUCAACGCAAUUGGAGGACCGCAUACGGGGCCUACGAAAGCAUGGCCUCUGGCUAGCAUCGUGCGCGUCUUGACUAGUGGGGAUAUAAAUGGGGAGGAACAGAGGGACGAACUGAGAACGAUCUUGAGGUUCGGCUGGGCCAAUGGUAUGUUUGGCCAGAUGAUCCUCGACAUCGAAGCGCGAAUGCCCCAUAUUCUGGACGACAGCUAUCAAUAA